CUGCGUCGUCCAUCAAGUCCAAACGACAGAACUGAAGAAAGAAAGAGCGGGAGAAAAAGAAACCCUAGCUAGCUCUGAAGAUGUCUGACCCCUCUGGGAUUAUUACUCCUGAUGAAGCCAAAGAGCAAAAACCCACCAUUAAUCUGAAGGUUAAGAUUAACAAGGAUGGAAGUGAAGUGUUUUUCAGGAUUAAACCAACUACAAAGCUAAACAAAGUCAUUGAUGCAUUGUGCACAAAACGUUCCCUGGAUCGCAAUUCCUUAGUGUUCAUCUUCGAUGGCGAUCACAUUAAUGGCAAGAAGACUGCUGCGGAGCAUCAUAUGGAAGAUGGUGAUGAAAUCGAUGUCUUUCUUCUCACUGAUGGAGGUUCACUGACAUUCAAAAGUUAUUGAAGCCACUGUAUACUAGAGGAAGGAGGUCAUGGUUGAAAUACGUAAUGCUUUACGCUGUGACCAAUAGCCAUUGAAAACUUUGUGUUGAAAUAUGCUAUGCAAAUCUACGUAGGUAAACUAAAGAUUCGAUGCAGAUUAUAUUUGAACUUUAUAUUAAGCUUGUCAUGCUGAUCUAAAUUAGAGUUGUAUUUCAUCAGAAAACAUCUGUGGUUGUUAGCAGUCAACUUAUUCGGCCCGUAUGUGAAGAUGUGUUUGGUUUA